CGAAACUGAGGUCGAGAGAAGCAAGCAAGGCAAAAGCUACCUCCCUCUCCUCUGUCUUUUCAUAUAUAAAUUUGACAAUUAGGUGAGACGGGUUAAUUCUUUUAAUCCCAUUUCGAUAUAAAAAUCACAACCUUAUCCGAUCUGCAAUUUUCUUUUUGGCGUUGGUAGUGAGCGACGCAAGUUCGCAAGUUUUUGCAAGCAAGGCCUUAGAAUCUGGCAAAUCUUGGAGGAUUAAGGCCUCGCUUGUCGUUGAAGCAAGCUAUAUCGGAGUACGAAAACGACGACCAAGAGUGUAGGCCUUGGGGCCGCAGGCUUUCUUCCUCUAUGGCCGGUUUUACGUGGGGCUCUGCUGUUAGGAUCACUCUCCUCCUCCUCCUCGUUGCUGCUGUUAUUGUCGCUGGCUUGACUCUACCCGUUGAAAAGAUCUUGAAGGACUUCUUAUUAUGGGUUGAGCAAGAUCUUGGCCCUUGGGGUCCCCUUGUGCUGGCUGUCGCAUACAUUCCUCUGACAGUUUUGGCAGUUCCAGCAUCAGUGCUUACUCUUGGUGGUGGAUAUCUCUUUGGGUUGCCUGUGGGCUUUGUUGCUGAUUCUAUUGGUGCCACCAUUGGGGCAGGGGCUGCUUUCCUUCUGGGAAGAACGAUCGGUAGAUCUUUUGUUGUUUCCAAGUUGAAGGACUAUCCACAGUUUAGGUCGGUUGCAAUUGCAAUCCGGAGAUCUGGCUUUAAGAUUGUUCUGCUGCUUCGACUUGUUCCAUUGCUACCUUUCAGCAUGUUGAAUUACCUGCUGUCCGUUACUCCUGUUCCAGUAGGGGAAUAUAUGCUGGCUUCCUGGAUAGGAAUGAUGCCAAUAACUCUUGCAUUAGUGUAUGUUGGAACAACUUUGAAGGAUAUCUCUGAUGUGACCCAUGGAUGGAGUGAGUUUUCAACUACUCGUUGGGUUUGUAUAGUGUUGGGCCUUGUUGUAUCUGUGAUUCUAAUGUUUUGUGUUACUAAAGUUGCCAAGUCUGCUUUGGACAAAGCUCUGGCUGAGAAUGAAGAUAUAGAUUGCAUUUUGGGUUCACCCCAGUUACCAAUUGUGGCUGAUCCUCCUGUUGAUCUGACGGAGCCUCUUAUAAUCAAAAUAGAUACAUCUGAUGGCCAUGAAAAAUGAAAUUCAUAUUCAUAUUUUAUGUAAAUUCUUUCUCUACAUCAUUCAAAGGCAAAUGCUUCUAUUCUUUAUCCCAGCACAUUGCAUGGCAUUUGCGAUAUGUACAGUCCAAUCAUUUACAAAAUGUAGUUUCGGAUAGAAGUUGCUGAUUCGAACUAUCGUGUAGUGGGGAAUUUGUCAAAUCAAAUGGAAUCCAAUAAUAUUAUUAAAAGAUCAGGGGAUCAUUGUGUCGCUUGUAUAAUGGUUAUAACUUAUAAGCCUUUUCUAAUUUCUAUU